AUGGGGAAGCGAAGCAAGGAAGAGGCUGACGCUGUUGCGCCUGCUGAGGAUGGCAAGAAGAGCGUGAGCGGUGAAGGUACAAGCAGCAAGAAGGAAAAGAAGAGCAAGAAGAAGAAGGAGAAGAAGGAGAAGAAGGAGAAGAAGGCUGCCGCAGUGUCGGAGAAGGAGACCCCCGGCACUCCCGCGACAACAAGCACAAAGCCCAAGAAGGACAAGAAGAACAAGAAGGAUAAGAAGAAGGACAAGAAGGAUAAGAAGGAUAAGAAGGACAAGAAGGACAAGAAGCAGGCCGAGGUCAGCGAUGGUGCAGACACAACAACAGAGAAGAAGGAGAAGAAGGAGAAGAAGAGCAAGAAGAGCAAGAAGCAGAAGAAGGGUGUGAAUGAGGAUGACAGUGAACAGCCGACCAAGCGGGCCAAGCCGGCAUCCAGUAACGGCAGCAAUAAUGGCGCCGCCGCCAAGCACACGUCCAAGACCAAGUCUGGCCCGAGUAGUGGCGUGCAGUUCGACUUCUACACAGAGCACAAGGAGGUCAGCGCGUUGCCGUCUGCCCAGGUCAGCGAGGCGCGCAAGAAGGACCGCGUGGAGGUGAAGGGCUUCCACAGCGAGUCUGUGGAGGAGUUCAAGCCCAUCCCCAAGUUCCACCAGAGCAGCAUGCCGGACGACGUGAUGAAGGUCUGCGCCACCUUUGAGAAGCCGUCGCCCAUCCAGAAACACACGUGGUCCAUUGUUCUUCGGGGCCGUGACGUGGUUGGCAUCGCAGCCACGGGCUCCGGAAAGACACUCGCUUUUGGUCUUCCUGGUCUCGUGCACGUCGCAGCGCGCGGCACCCCUGGUCGCGGCCGCCCCUUCAUGCUGGUCAUCUCGCCCACGCGCGAGCUUGCCAUGCAGACGGGCAAGGUGCUGAGCGACGCGGGCAAGGGCAUGAACACCCCGCUCAAUGUGCAGUGCAUCUUUGGCGGGGCGCAGCGCCGCGAGCAAAUGGAUGCCAUGCGCAAGCCCGUGCACGUCAUCGUGGCAACACCAGGCCGCCUGCUUGACCUGUGCGAGGCCGGGUCCAUCGACCUGAGCGCCGUCACCUUCAACGUCCUGGACGAGGCAGACCGCAUGCUUGACAUGGGGUUUGAGCGCGACAUCAAGCGCAUCAUGGCGCAGAUGCCCACGCCGCGGCAGACGGUGAUGUUCUCUGCCACGUGGCCGCAGGAGGUGCGGCGCAUCGCAAAGGACUACCUCAAUCGCCCUGUCAAGGUAACGGUUGGGUCUGAUGACCUUGCAGCCAGCAAGAACGUGACGCAGAUUGUGGAGGUGAUUGACCCGAAGCAGAAGAACGGCCGCCUUCUUGAUCUCCUCAGGAAAUACCACAAGAGCCGCAAGAACAAGGUGCUUGUGUUUGCGCUGUACAAGAAGGAGGCGGCGCGCCUGGAGCAGUUCCUGCAGUACAAGGGAUACAACACAAAGGCCAUUCACGGCGACCUCUCACAGGGCGACCGCAACCGCGUGCUGCAGGAGUUCAAGAGCGGCGAGGUGCCGCUGAUGAUUGCCACCGACGUGGCUGCGCGUGGCCUGGACGUGCCGGAUGUCGAGUAUGUCAUCAACUACACUUUCCCGCUCACUAUUGAGGAGUAUGUGCACCGCAUUGGACGAACCGGUCGUGCGGGCGCCAAGGGCACGGCGCACACGCUCUUCACACAGCACGACAAGCACCACGCGGGCGGGCUGGGCAACGUCCUGCGGGCUGCUGGGGUGACGGUCCCCGAGGCGCUGAUGAAGUUUGGGCAGCACACGAAGCGGAAGGUACAUCCAAUUUACGGCGCACACUACCGCACGACAGACGAUCUUGUUGAUGCACAGCCAACCCGCAUCACCUUUGAUGAUAGUGACGACGAGUAGUGCCUUGCGUGCAUGUGUGUGUUUGUUGCAGCAUUUAUGAGAGCAUGUACAGCGAGUGUAUGCACGCGCGUGUAUGCACGUUGUUUACGUGUGUAUGUGAACGUGCGUGGUGUUUUCGCGUGCGUGCGCCCAAGUAUGCAUGCGUUUUAUGCAUCUCAUGUGCAUGCCGUCGCCCCAGCACGAGCUGUGGGCCGUGGUUUUGUCCUCUAAUCAGCGUGUGGCGCACACACCAGUGCCGCGUGUGGCAUGCGUUGUAGCCGUUGCUUCGCUCAUUUGUUUCAUUCAAGUCUCAUAUUACAAGCAUGAUCACA